AAUCGUCUUUCUCCUUCCUUCCUCUUUUCUCUCUCUUGUACUCGUUCCACGUUGUUCCUCGUUUCAACCCGAAAUAGCCCCCGAAUUAAAUCCUCGCGCGUGGUUUUCGCCGAAUCCACGUUUAGUUGUAUGAUCUGUACGAUUCUGUCAAUCUUUUCGUUAUUUUCAAGAGCCAUGGCGGAAGCACGUGAAAGAACCUUCAUUAUGGUCAAGCCUGAUGGCGUCCAAAGGGGCCUCGUGGGGAAGAUAAUCAAGCGAUUCGAGUCGAAAGGCUUCAAAUUAGUGGCCCUUAAGUUCACCUGGCCUUCGGAGGAGCUCCUCAAGAAGCAUUACGCCGAUUUGGCCACAAAGCCCUUUUUCCCCGGUUUGGUGAAGUACAUGAGUAGUGGGCCUGUGGUGCCCAUGGUGUGGGAAGGGUUGAAUGUGGUGAAGACAGGACGUGUGAUGCUUGGUGCUACAAACCCCGCCGACAGUGCCCCUGGAACCAUCCGUGGUGACCUUUGCAUACAAGUUGGGCGGAAUAUUAUCCACGGGUCGGAUUCGGUUGAGUCGGCGAAGAAGGAAAUUGGAUUGUGGUUCACAGAGAAGGAGGUGAUCAAUUGGAAGCCAGCUAAUGAGGGAUGGGUGUAUGAGGAUUAACUUGUUACAAUAAAUAAGUGAAAAAUUAAAA